UGUUAGAUCGAUCUAUAAACAGACUUUUAAAAUAGACAUCAAUCUUGAAUAUUUUUAUUUAUUUAAUUGAUAUUUUAUUUCUUAUAUUAUCUUUAUGAGUAUGCUAUAUAUAUAGAAAGAUAGAUAGACAGACAUAUAGAUAUAUAUAGAGAGAGAGAGAGAUAUAGAGAGAGAUAAUAGAUAGAUAGAUUAUACAUAUAUAGAAUUGUGAAGAAGCAGCCACCUCCUCAUCGUCAUGCCUGCUUUCUCACAAGGGCAUUUUCAACUUUUUGUGUUGCUUCUCUGUCGAACAGAAAAGACAGAACUGAUACUACAGAAGACAUUGAACUAUGGCGAGACACUUAAUGGAGGUGCUCGCUUAGACAUAGAUGCAGAGAAAAAAGUAGCUAUGAGAGUUCUAGGUAUUCGGAGUAAGGUACCACGAAUGGAGGGAUCAAUAAUAAUAGGGAUGGAUUGUCAUGGUCAAUGGAUCGAGAAGAACAAUCGAUAUGUAUGGCAUUGGAAGAAGGGUGAAAUGCUAGAGGCGAUAGCUAUGACAGUUUAAAGUGAUGUUUGUAUGAUGAUUUUGUGAACUUAAUCAUAAGCUAUUGUGGACUAAAUUGUCAACCAUAAGAACUCGUCAUUAGCUACAUCUAUGGUUCCUUUGAAAAUCAGAGCGUACUACCUUUCAAGAUGACCGAUCAGGUUUGGUUGCGUGCUUAUCUUAGUGAUUCAGCUAGGAUGGUGUUAAAGGUGUACGUGGAUGAAAAAUUGAGAGAGAAUGAGAACCAAAAUGUAGAAGAAGAACAUGACAUCUUUAAUGAUAAGUUGGACGAUUCGGACAUGAAUAUACCAAAUGAUGAUCAAACACUUAUGCCCAUUGCUGUGAGCAAUACGAUGGGCAGUUCUUCUCAAUCGACACAGUCUAGCAACCGUCAAGACGACGAUACCGACUUUUACAAGGGAAUGUCAUUCAAGGAUUAGAAAGAACUUUCUACUUCUUUGUUUAUUUCUUGAUUUAAAAAAGAUUUCAGAAUAAAGAAUGUGAUUAAUUCGAGCAAAGUCUUUUCCUUCAGUUGUGCUAAUCUGAACUGCAAGUGAUGGUUGAGGGAUGUGAAAUACUUAAGUUCUGAUAGAUUCAUUAUUAAUGUUUAUGAUAAGUAUCACACAUGUGGUUUGGAGCACAUUACGGGACAAAAUCCUCACACCACGGUAGAGGUCCUCGGUCAAUAUUUUAAGAAUAGAUUCCCCAAUGGAAAAGGCCCUUGUACAAGUGAUAUGACCAAUCAACUCCUUACGGAAUUAGGUGUCACGGUCAGCUAUUGAAAGAUAUAUAUGGUCAUGGGGAUUACCAAGGACUUUGUUGGGGGACACACGAGCACGGGUAUGCAGUCCUCGAUGCCUACAAUUACAUGAUUGAGUCCACAAAUCUUGAAAGUAAGAUGGAGUUGCAUGUUGAUGAAAAUGAAAGGUUCAAGUACUUUUUUGUAUCCUAUGGUGCUUGGAUUCUUGGUUUUCAACAUUUGAGAAAAUUCAUAACCAUCGACGGGACCUUCUUGAGGAACAAGUAUAAUGUAGUUUCGCUUGUGGCAGUGGCGUAGUAUGUGGUGAUUCAUAUCUUUCCUAUCACUUUUUGUGUAACGAAAAAGGAAUAUGAUACCUCGUAUGGAUAUUUUUUUAAGCAAAUGUGAAGUUGCGUCAAAGAUAUCGAAGAUUUGUUUUUUAU